AUGAGCAGACUGAUGAAGGAACUGUGUGCCAUUAACGGAAUGGAGAAGUCUAAUACAACACCUUACCAUCCCAUGGGAAACGGGCUUUGCGAAAGGUUCAAUCGUAUGCUCCUUGGUAUGUUGGGAACAUUAUCCGAAGAUAAGAAGCAGAAUUGGAAAUAUCACGUCGGUCCCCUUGUUCAUGCCUAUUGUACCCGGCAGGAAUCGACUGGCUUCACACCAUAUUUUCUCAUGUUUGGGCGAAAUCUAAGAUUACCAGUAGACCGAGCCUUCGGGGUGGACAACACCGGAGUUUCAUCAGAGUCGUUGACGACUUAUGUUGAUUCCCUGAAGGAUAAACUCUCCAAUGUCUAUGAACUGGCUUCAGCAUUCUCGCAACGAAAGAAGAUGAGACAGAAGGAUGUGUAUGACUCGAAGAUCGUCGCUUUCGAUGGAAAGCACAAGCUCUCUGACAAGUGGGAGGAACAUCCUUACAUAGUCAUCACCAAGCCAAACCCAGAUGUACCAGUGUAUGAAGUUAAGAGGGAAGAUGGAGAGGGAAGGUCGAAGACGUUUCAUCGAAAUCUACUUCUUCCAAUUAGCUAUCUACGUGGACGAUCAGACAAACCAGUACCAAGGCCUCGAAGACCAAGGAAACCUCCGACUACACCUGUCACGCAAGACGAGGACAACGUCAAUGUAGCAGAGACAUUCUCGACAGACGAGAUAAUAGUAGUUUUGGAAUGUGGAGUUCAUGACGACAAAUCCGGGCCCAGAACUGACUGCCAAGAUGAGUCUGAGCAGGCAGAUGAGGAGGAAGAAGAGGACGCUCUUCAGGAUGAUUCAUCUACUGCGACGGGAGGUGAUGAAGACAAUAACCAGGACACAGAUUGUGAUAUCCGAGAGGGCGUUUCAACUGGGCCACGACGGUCACAGAGAGAGAUAGAGAGGGAGAAGAAAACCAUCUUGGAUGAACAGCAAUGCAUACCAGUUUAG